GUUGGGUGUUGUGAAAACACGUUUAGCCGGUAUACUGACCUCAUUGUGUAGACUGCGAUGUUUUGACAAAGGGGAUUAUCAUGUGCGUAUGCAAAUCUUCGGAGAUUUUUCUUUUCUAUGAAAUGGAUUUUUUUGUGAAUUGGAAAUUCUUAUUUUGAAAUUGGGAAAAAUGGUCUCAUUGGGAAUGGUGCCGUUUUACAGUACCAACUUUAUAUAGAGGAAAAACGCUGGAUGCUUCGGCCGAAGUGAGUAGGCCUACAUGGUCUGCUGGUUCAAGGGAAUGAAUGUUGAAACCUAAUAUUUGGAAAAGGUAGAUGAUGACAAAUUCAAGAAAGGAUAUUUAUGCAGUAAAAUACAGUCAAGUUACUGAUGUUGGAGCUUACAAAAACCACAGGAAGAAUAUCUUGAUUUUGGAGAUGACAAAUGUAUGGUACAUGCUGACUGGCUGCUGCUCGUGACUGUGUGUGUGACCUCAGUGGUAGUGACAGUUGUGACCAUGCUGCUGUGUGCUUGGUGUUGCAAAUGCUGCCCCAGACAGAGGAAGCUGGCAGAGGAAGAGGCGAUGAAUCGUUCUGCCAGUUCCCAGGAGGACACCAGCAUACUGGGAGGCAAUGCUCCACUCACUGGCAAGGCUACUAUCAAGCAGUUUAUUGAGACUAUAAUUGAUAGGUUUGAGCGUCCGGAGCGCCGUGUUGUCACGGAGACGGUGCAGCCUCCACGCUCCUCCAGCGCCGCCCUCAAUGAGGCCCUGGCGCAGCGCCGGGAACAGACAUACAACACCAUCUCUACCAGGCCUCCCGCCAAUGGCAGCCCUGCAACUGCAAAGGGCAGCGGGGCCAGUGUUGAGAACGGGGACACAGAGAGUCUCUGGAAGGGUGUACGUAACUUUGCGAGCAUGUUCAUGGAGGAAGGAGCCGAGGGUGAGGAUGGGGCGGGGGCAAUGGAGGCUGAACCAGUGGAUGGGCUCGACUACCAUCUGGGGAAAAUACAGAUUGCUCUCAGCUAUGACUUUCAAACCCUCACAUUGACACUGAAAAUACUUCAAGCUCAACAGUUACCAGCGAAGGAUUUUACGGGAACUAGUGACCCUUAUGUUAAGAUCCUCUUGUUACCAGAUAAAAGACACAAAUUGUUGACUAAAGUGAAAAAGAAAAACUUGAAUCCUAGAUGGAAUGAGUGUUUUCUAUUUGAAGGUUGGCCUCACAACAAGCUGCUAGAGAAAACCUUGUACCUGCAGGUGAUAGACUACGACCGAUUCAGCCGAGACGAUCCGAUUGGUGAAACAUACAUUCCAUUAAACGAAGUGGACCUCUCACAGUCACCCCUGAUGUGGAAGUUCUUAUCGCCUUGCAAGGACAGCAGGCACUUCGGCAAAGAGUGGACAGGAUGUUUGGGCAAACUAGGAGAGUUGCUGUUGUCGCUAUGCUAUGAGCCUAAUGUGGGCCGCCUUACUGUGAUAGUCAUCAAAGCCAAGGACCUUAAAGCUAAAGACAUUACCGGAGCUUCAGUUACAUGUAGGAAGGCAAAGUCUUCAGACCCCUAUGUGAAGAUGUGGCUGUGUUUUGGCAAGGAGCGAGUGGAGAAGAAAAAGACUACCAUAAAGAUGCGCACGCUGAAUCCAGUGUACAAUGAGUCAUUUAUGUUUGAGAUUCAGUGGGAUAAGAUACGUGAGGCUUCCAUAGAAGUGACAUGCAUGGACUAUGACAAACUGGGCAGGAACGAGAUGAUAGGCAAGGUGCUUCUGGGAUCCAAGAGCGGCCCGUUAGAAACACGCCACUGGAACGACAUGAUCUCCAAGCCCAGGCAGCCUGUAGCACAGUGGCAUCUACUGAAAGACUAGCAGAUUGCAUGUGACAUUAUUUUAAAUAGGUCCUGUUUAGACAAUGAUGUCUGCCAUGCAUCAAUAUGUCUGGGACAUUUCCCAAGCGAAGCAGAUGUGAAGUCUUGGACAAUACCUAUGUUCAGUCAUUGGUGUCUGCGUUGAUGGAUGCAUGGCUUGCAUGGAGUCACCUUCGCAAAGUCAAUAUUAGACACUGGACAUAAGUCUCAGUAUAGCCAUUGAUAAAUCCUUAACAUUGCAGUUCAUGACAUGUCCUGGCCUGUGUCUCAGUAUGUAAAUGACAACAUCUGUGUAUUCAAUAGACUCUAUAUUGUCUGAGGUACAGCAUAAGCAAAGUCAAUGAUAAUAUUUUUAAAUACAUGGUCUACUUAUUAAGUUAUAUAUCCUUGACAUUCUGUCAAUGCAGAAACUGAUAUGCCCAUGACAUAAUAAUAUGUAUAGUCACAAUUGAACCACGGGGAUAAUCAUUUGAAAACUGAUUUCAAAAUCAAAUCCUUGUUUAAGUUGCAAAUGUUUAUGUGCAAUUUAAACUCAAACUGGGGCUUUAACUCUUUCAGUGCGGGAACCGAAUUUUGAAGGCCUCUGCAAACAGUUUGAAUCCAGAUGAGACGCCACAGAACGUGGCGUCUCAUCAGGAUCCAAACUGUUUGCUAUUCUAAUAGUAUAUUUUGAAAAAAAUCGAAGAAAAUGCUAAUUUUAGAAAUUUAGCAGACAACAUUUUAGCAGACGACAAAUUUCCCAGCAUGCAAAGGGUUAAUGUGGUUUUUACCUAUAUAGUCCGUGAUACAGUCAUGGUUAGGAUUUGUCUUGAAAUCUAUUAAACUGUGUUAAUAAGCAAUUUAUAGCGAAUUGCUGACAAUAUAACAAGUAAUACCCCAUGACCAACUACUGAUUUUCAGAACAGCUUGUUGUAUCCAGUGGUUUGUUCAUACAAGCAUAUGUUGUCCACAUGCAUAUACAUAACUGUACACUAUGUAUGCAAACUUUGAUGUAUUGUUGCUCUUGGAAUGUGAACUUUGUGUACAACAGCUUUACCAUAUUCAGUUUGUUAUAUUCUGCUAUUUGUUUUAUGAAGUUAUUUUUAUGUAGCUUUCAUCAGUUAUUAAGAUUCAAAUAAUAUAACAAACAUCAAAAGCAUUACACAAGUAGGUGUCUCCUAUGUACGUUGUACAAACAGUGUUUACUGCAUGCAAAUAGUAUGUAGGUUUAUAUGAAACCAGUAUGUUGGUUUCUAUGAAACCCACUUACUAUAAAUGUUAUCCAACUUCAAUUUUCUCUUAACCUUGCAUACUGAUUUAUAAAAUUGAUUUUAAUAUUUGUGCUUUUAUUAUUUCCAUUGGUUUGUUAUUAACCUGUUUAACAAGCUUUCUGUUCUUUUAAGUAGAUAUUGUGUUGGUCUAGUUACUGGGAAGUACAUGGGCCCAUAUUCACUAACCACUUCUAAGACUUGAGUCUAAAAACACUCUUGAAACUGUUUUGUAAUAAUAUUGGUGUACAAUUUAAUAUAACACAAAAUGUAAUACCCUCAAGUACUCAAGUACACUAUUCUUAUUUUAAAACAAUUUAUGUAUGAACUAAGCAAAACUUACAUCUUGUAUAUGUUCAAACGCAGAAUAUUUGUUAUGGCCUCCUUAUAAGAAAAGGGGGUAUACUUCCCAUGUGCAUCUGUCACUGACAGAAGAUGACCUCGAUUGAAAUUGGGGUCACUUGGUCAAAGGUCAAUUUCACUGUCACAAUAAUUGUGAAAAUUGUUCCGAUCAAUAACUCAUCAAAGAAUUGACCAAUCCGCUUGAUAUUUCACAUAAUUUUAUGCAUUGGUCAUGGACAGAAGAUGACCCAUAUUGAAAUUGGAGUCACUACGUCAAAGGUCAAGGUCACUUUCACAAUAAGUGUGAUAAUCUUUCCUAUCAAUAACUUGUCACCGUAAUGACCGAAUGGCUUGAUACUUCACUAGUGCAUUGGUCUUGGACAGUAGAUGAUCCCUAUUGAAAUUGGGGUCACUUGUUCAAAGGUCAACGUCACUGUGUUAAUUUGGUUUUUGUUCGAUAUGUCAUCAAAGGAUUGACUGACGGGCCUCAUACUUUGCAGAUGCAUUGACCCAAGUUGAGCAGUAGAUAAUAGCUAUUGAAAUUUAGGUCAAUGAUUAAAGUCAAUGAGACACUAGUGACAUCUGUCUCCGACCACAUAGCUCUUGUUUUUGUUUAAUUUUAUUCUUUAGUCUUAAGUCUAAAAAUGGUUUGAUAAAUAAAGACCCAUUUUGAAACCUUUCUUAAAAUAUAUUUAACAAUUAACAAAAAGAGAUCAAAAAUCUGGUAUUCCAUAUUGUGUUUUCCAGUUCUUAUUUUGUGUACACUUUUUGUUGUACAAAGCAAUUUAAAUCAGUAUCUUAUAAUAGGCUUUCAUGCCUUUUUGUGUUACAAAACUAAAGUAAAAUGCUAUCUGUAUACGCAAUGGAGUUACUGGUAAGUUAUGUAUGCAAGACAAGUGAUUUUCUAGUUUCAGACCGAUUGGCCAAUUGGCUUAAUAACAAAAAUAAUUUACUUCAGAACUAAUUGAAGAACUCAUGGCCACCAAGGUCAUUGUUUGUGACAUUCUUAUCUAAGGAUUGCUGAUAGUCCCGAGGCCAACUGAAUAUUGGAUGCCAAAAUCUCAUUUCCUUCCUGCUCUGACAAUGUCACUUGACCAGAGACUCAUGCUUAUGUGUAGAUUGUGGGUUUUAGACCCCUCCUGAGGACUGGCAUUCUCAUUAUCUCUAUUAAUUUCCAGACCAAACACUUCUGGUCAGUGGUUGCUAGGAAACGCUUUAAGCAGUUUGCAGUUAUUAUUUAACAAACAUAUAUUUUUAGCAGUAAUCACUCAGAUCUUAUUAAGACAUGUCAUCUACUGAGACUAAUAACUAGUGUAAUUGACAUUUUUUCAACUUUUCAGGAGUACAAAUUUUAUGAAAAUAUAUAAAGAGCACUUACUUUGUUUGCAUUCAAAAUAGUUCAGGGUUGAACUUAUGGUAGUUGCUCUUUUCUUAAUUAUUUAUUUAAAAAAAAAGACAUCUCAAUUUGGAGUUGUGUUUUGUUUUUCUAAUUGUAUUAUAAUUCUAAUCCGAAAAUUAUAACACUGAAAUUUUUUUGAAGUUUUUUGCUUCUACUGAAAAUUUUACAAAACACCAGUUACACUACUUUUUACAUUCAUAAGAAAACAUGUGUUCCCUCAUGUCAAUAUAAAAAAUGUGGAAAUUUUUUUUUUUUAAAAAAAGGUGAUGAUGUAUCAUCAAGUGAACAAAAUACCUUUUUGUAAUGAGCUUUCAAAACUCUGCAAUUUUAAAUCAUAUUGAAUUUCCUAUAAACAUAUUCUUUUAAAGUCAAAAUUGCUAUUCAUUUUGGUGUUGGUUUCAUUUUUAGCUCAGCUGUUUUUUGGAGAAAACCCGAGGUAUUGUCAUAGCCAGUUGUUGUGUCUGUCGUCGUGUCGUCCGCCAUGCUUAAACCUUAACAUUUUGUUAAGGUUUUGAACAUUGGCUCUAAAAAUCAAAGUGCUUCAAACUACAACUUUGAAACUUCAUAGGUAGCUGCACCUGGAUGAGUUCUACAUGCCACACCCAUUUUCGGGUCACUAGGUCAGAGGUCAAGGUCACUGUGACCUAAAAAAAAAUAAUUCUGACAAGCUUUCAUUUAUUCAAAACUGCACUGGCAGCCGAGCGUGGCACCUGUUAUGUGGUGCUCUUGUUAUAAUUCUAAUCUGGAAAUUAUAACACUGAAUUUUUUUUAUUGUUAAAUGUCACUUCAAUUUUGAAAAUUUGGUUGAACAAAAUCUUUUUACCAAAAAGGUGAUGAUGUAUCAUCAAGUGAACAAAGUACUUUUUGUAAUGAGCUUCCAAAACUGCAGUUUUAUAUCAUAUUGAAUUUCCUUUAAACAUGUUUUUUUCAAGUCGAAAUUGCAAUGCAUUUCGGUGAUGGUUUCAUUUUUUAGUGGAAGCUUUGUAUAUGACAAACCCAAUAAAAAUGUGUUGACAUGACUGGUCCCUGAGCAGUACACCAAAUAUAUAUGAGUCGCGUUCUGAGAAAACUGGGUUUAAUGCAUGUGCAUGUGCAUUCCGCACAGGCUAAUCAGGGAUGGCACUUUCCGCCUUAACUGGAUUUUUGUGUAGAAGAGACUUCCUUUAAACGAAAAAUUCCAUAAAAGCGGAAAGUGUCGUACCUGAUUAGCCUGUGCGGACUGCACAGGCUAAACUGGGACGACACUUUACGCACAUGCAUUAAGCCCUGUUUUCUCAGAACGCGACUCAUAUGACUCUGUGUGAUUAAUAUAGGUAGAAAUUGCGCAGGUAUUUUUAUUCAUUUGCUGUUUUAUGCUGAAUUUAUUGUUUCUAUUUGUUGUAAUAUAGUUAUUGUUUUAAGUUGUUACAAAAAGUUAUCGUUAGAUUCUGAAGCAAAACUGCUUAUAGCAUUGUAAUAUUAUGUUAUUGUUAUGCAAUCUAACAUAUAGUAUGACAGUCUUUAUUUAUGCUCAUUGAUACCAUAACAAAUAAAUUUCUACAGUAAUGUCCAUUUGUAGGGGACAAAAACUACGGUAGUUUGAUUUAAGUUUAAAUAAUUCAGCUCAUAUUUUUAGAAAAAUACAAAAUAAGGCAUUAUAAUGGCUUUAGCACAACUAAAAAAACAAUAUCUAUAUACUUAUUGGACAGAGUGGCAUCUUGAAAACAAUUACUUACUUUUGCCUUGAAAACAGUUGUAAUCUUUGUGAAGCACUCAAUUAUGUGAUCAGAACAAUCUUAAUGUGCAUGCCUACUCAAGUAUACUGGUGUCAUAUUCUGCAGAUAUCUAAAGAUAUAGUGUAUUAUUAAUCUUAAAUUCACCUGUUUAUUAAUGUUUACAUUGUAUGUGUGGAUUGCAUUAUGGCAAAUGAUAGUUAUAUGGUAAGAGUUAUACACAAUUAUAAUAGUAUAUUUAACAUACAACAAAUUUUCUUCAAUAAAAAUAAACAUACAUUUAAGGAUUAUUCCCUGUUUUAUGAGUCACCAUCGUGUGUUGAAGGCAUUUAAUCAUUGGUUUUGUCCGUCAGGGUACAUAGCUAAAACCGUAUCAUCUACACAUAAUGCCACAAUUCUUUGGUUAUUAUGCAAUUGUUGCUUGUGGCCAUUCCCUAUCACUCCAUAUCAUUCAUCCUCACUUUGACCAUCUAAUUGGUACUUACACAUUGACCUUUCUUGGAAAUGGGCUUUCCAACACAUACAGAUGCAUAUGUGUUGUCAAACACAGAUUAUUGUCCCCUACCAGUUUCACCGGAGGGGACUUAUGGUUUGCGCUCGGUGUGUCCGUCAGUCUGUCACACUUUUCUGGAUCCUGCGAUAACUUUAAAAGUUCUUAAUAUUUUUUUCAUUAAACUUGAAACAUGGAUAGAUGGCAAUAUGGACAUUAUGCACGUCAUUUCAUUGUGUUCCUACGUCAAAAAUUCUGGUUGCUAUGGCAACAAAUAGACUAGAAAUACUGCUGAAAAUGGUGGUUUUCUGGAUCCUGCGAUAACUUUAAAAGUUCUUAAUAUUUUUUCAUGAAACUUGAAACAUGGAUAGAUGGCAAUAUGGAGAUUAUGCACGUCAUUUCAUUUUGUUUGUACGUCAAAAAUUUUGGUUGCUAUGGCAAGAAAUAAAAUUAAAAUCUGACAAUGCUGGAAUUUCUGAUAAUGGUGGAGCCAGAAGGGGAAAUAUAUUGCUUGGCAAUAGUCUUGUUGUUUGUCUCUCUUUGUCACAUGAUAGCAAUCAUGCUGAUCCAUCAUGAAUAGUAAUGACACCAGAACACCACACUACAAAACCUAUUAACAUGGUCUGCGAGUUUAUCCAUAAAUAUGAAACAUUGAUCAGUAGUAAAUGCACCAAUUUGUGUCUGGACCAAGGUUUUGGUUCCACGGGUUUAUAUGUUUCUUUACAAGCAAAGAUUAGGUUUGCUAGCCUUUUCUUAAGUCAUUUUGGGUAGAGAACUUAGUUAUAACAACAGGUUGUUUCUAGGGACAACAUACAAUUACUGAGAUAUAUGGUAAAUGUCACAUAAAAGCAAGAUCCCAUAUGACAUAUUUCCUGAAAAAGGUGCCACCAGGUCAAGAGAAAAAAACAAUUUUAGCAUUCAUUAUGAAACCAUUCCCAUAGGUUCAGUUCUAAUAUUGGUUAAAUUAUUUUUUCAGUUCUCUUCCCAUAUAUAAAUGUAUGUUAGGAGGGAAAAGCUAUGAUAGAUGAUGAUUUGAACUACAUGUAUGUAUACUGUGUUAUUUGCUGAAUUAUUAAUAUUGUGGUUUAAGCUGAUAACCCUUUACAUUUUGACAAAGUUGUUUAUAUUGAAUUACAAUGAAAUGAAUGACAUUUUAAUGCCUCGAUAAUAUAUUUGUUAAAUUUAGAUUAAGUACUGCAAAUGUGCUACUGGAACAUAUUGUCAUGACCUCAUUGGCUGUUGAAGUUUUGAUUAUGCUUGAUUGGUCAUUGUUGGCUUUUGUAUUACUUAAAUGUACCCCGGGUAUUUUUAUGUAUACUUUAAUGUACCACAAGUACGAAAAUAUAUUUACAUGUACCCGGCAAAUUUAGACUCAAUUGUACUGAAGUUUUAUUUCCCAUAAAAUCUGCUGUCGUAAAACAUGCUGCGGUAUACAAAACAAAAUUCUCUUUGAACGAAACCUGCCUCAACAUUAUUUUUUGAGUAUGAUAUUGGAUAAUAUAGAAAAAAAAUAUUGACAUAAAUAUGAACAUGAUUAAUAAAAAAAAUAGCCGAAAACAACAUAUUUAUUGUUAGAAUUCCCGGGUAUGUUUUAGUAUAUUUUCUGUACCAAGGGUACAUUUCAGUAUAUUUUAGAGUACGCGGGUUACAUUUUAGUAUGUAGUACCCGAGCUGACAAUGACGAAUUUAGCUUUAAUAAGCUGAAAGCAGAAUUUCUGUCACUUGAUUGAUAUGAGAUAACACAACUGCCUGAUCAUGUGUUGUUUUGAUUUAAAUGUUUAAUCACAUUUGAAGGCAUAUGCUUUCAAGGGCUAAUUGAUUUUGUGGAUUUUAAUGUUAAAAUGAUUGAGAGCUUGUUAAGAUUCUGUUGCAUGUAUUUAUUAUUAAGUUUAUGAUGGACAUUUAAAAUAGUCAUUGUAUUUUAUUUCACCAUUUUGCGUAAAUAUUUCAACACUGGCUCAUGGAAUUGUUUCUUUAUUUUGGCAUUUAGAAAAAGCUCCCUUCAUUCAAUUACUUAACUAAUAAUACCCACAAUAUAUUGACAGUGACAUUUGUAAGGUCAAUCAAUAUUGCCAGAACAACAUCGAUCAAAAGACAAUCGAGCCAAAAUUAGAACGAUAAGGGAAUACUUUAAAUGGAGAAUACUUUAACAUGCAUACAUCUGUGCAUUUGAAAUUGUCUGCUCCAUAAUUCUAAAUUUAACUGCCAUACAGAUGCUCACCAACAGUUGUUCCACAAUGAUCAAUAUAGAUUACCAGGCAAAAAGUGUUUGUUUAGAAUGAAUCCUUUUAUGCUUACUCAGCAUCUUUCUGUAACAGUGACCGACUUUAUGAUCGAAUGUCAGACAUAGAAGGGUUUAAAAAGAACCAUACAUUGUGCAUAUAUAUAAAAAUAUUGUUAUUAAUGUAUAUAUAAUAAAUAUAUGUUAAGAAUCUC